AUCGAAAACCUUUAAGCAACAGCUGAAUAUACGUUCUUACCUCUUUUCAGGAUGAACACUGUCAAGGCACUGCUACUCUUUCUAACCUUCACGUGGCAGGAGAAAGCAGCAGCAGCAAUACCAACAAAAUCGACAGCUUCAACAACACGAACAACAACAUCGCCAGCAUCACCAUACAAUGUUGUGUGUACGUCCACUGAAGAGGCCAAACUGACACUGACAGACAACAGUUAUAAAGCUGACUUCCCACCUGGAUGCCAUGCAACGGGGCCGCUUUACACACUUAACACGUCUUGCUUAGGGGGAACCAUCUUCAUAUACAAGCAGCCUAUUAGCGCAACUAAAGUCAUUGGAGGCGACGGCACAAUCGCCCUCACCAUAACAUGUGUAGUCCCAGUAGACGGGGUGACGGCGACACCAGUCAUCCAGGUGAAGAUGGCGGCUUCAGUGAGUCCAACGGUGGAGAGUCACCCUUUCACUGCAGUUACAAUGACACUGUCAACAACCGACCCAAGCACAAACCCGACUGUUGCAUCCCAGGCCACGCUGGGGGAACACUUGUAUCUCGUCAUAUCGAGCCGAAGCAAAGGCAUCAGGGGGAGACAACUUUUUGAUACCAGAGAGCUGUUCCGCUACAGAUGGGGGCGAUAACGUAGAUUUGUGGAACCUCAAACAAAGCGGUGGUACCAAGUGUGGGAGUCUCGAGCCUACACUGUUCGGUAAUUUCACAGUUGAUAACAACGUAGUACAAGUGAAAGGGACGGAUGAGGAUAUCACAUACGCGGAUAUAUAUGCUUUCAAGUUCAAGACCCGUGACACCAUCACGUACAGAUGCACUGUACUGGUGUGUCCGAAAAGUGGAAACGGUCAAUGCUCAACGGAGCUGACUUCAAUGACAAAUAGCAAAUGCUUGACAAAAACAACUAGAAAACGUCGAAGCCUUGACAGCAAGCGGGCCGUGCCACAUGUCCGAAAGACAGUGUCUGCCACGCUGACAGUCUCUGACUUCCAGGGUCUCUCCGAAGGCAGUCAAGCCAGAGUGGAAGGUCUUCUGCUGUUGGUGGCCAUGUUUACAAGCGUCCUCUCAUCAAAGUAACAUCAUCAGUCAUACACGAAGUCAGUACACACAUGUACAGAAACACACUGAGGAUCGCCUUAAAUCUUUUCCAAGAUCAACAAUUGAUGUUUUAAAAAAUAUAUCUGUAUAAUGCAUGAACACUCUGAUACACUGCAAAUUAACCUUGACCGAAACUGUAUGAAAUUCAUGAUGUGAUCAAUAAAUUGCUGCAACAUUC